AUGAUGCUCUUCUUCCUCACCUGCCUGCUGGCUGUCUUCCCAGUGGUCUCCACGAAGAGUCCCAUAUUUGGCCCCCAAGAGGUAAGAAAAAUAGAAGGUCGCUCAGCAGACAUCACAUGCUUCUACCCGGACACGUCUGUCAAUCGUCAUACCCGGAAGUACUGGUGUCGGCAGGGAGCUCAAGGCACCUGCACAACCAAAAUCUCCUCUGACAGCUACAUCUCCAAGGACUAUCAGGACAGAAGCAGCAUCAUCAACUUCCCAGAGACCAACACAUUUGUGGUGAACAUUGCCAAACUCACGACAAACGACACUGGGAAAUACAAGUGUGGUCUGGGCAUUAAUACCCGAGGGCUAUCCUUUGAUGUAGCCCUGAAUGUCUUCCAAGGUAAGGAUCCAGCCUCCUGGGGUGGAAUCGAAAUCUACACAUUGGACAUGGGUGACACACUGACUGUUGACUGCCCCUUCAAGAGUGAGCAUGCUUCAAGUAAGAAGUCCGUGUACUGGAAAUCAAACAACAAAGACUAUGUUUUAAUAGCUGACUCCGAAGAUGAAUAUAAUAUAGAUCCUGCAUUUGAAGGCAGACUAAAGCUUCAAUAUUACGGUACCAGUGAAUUGAAGUUUACUCUCAUCAUCAAACAAGUCCGGCCCAGUGAUGCCGGGACAUACAUGUGCUUGGCUGGAGAUGAUUUCCAAGGUCCCAACGGUGGGAAAGAAGUUGACCUCCAAGUGCUGACACCUGGGCCUCAGCUCGCUUAUGCAGACCUGAGGGGCUCGGUGACCUUUAACUGUACCCUGGGCUCCAAUGUGGACAACGAGGCCAAAUUUCUGUGCCGAAUGAAUAAAACGAAGCAGUGUAAUGUGGUCAUCAACACCCUGGGUACGAAGGACCCAGCCUUUGAGGGCAGGAUCCUGCUCACUCCCCAGAACAGCAGCUCAUUCAGCGUGCUGAUGGUCGGCCUGCGGAAGGAGGACACGGGCCACUACCUGUGUGGUGCCCAUGGCUCUGGGGAGCUGCAGGAAGGCGCAUCCAGUCAGGCUUGGCAUCUCUUCGUCAAUGAAGAGACGUCAAUUCCCGCUAGACCCUCUGUGGUGAAAGGAGUGAAAGGAGGCUCUGUGUCCGUGCGCUGCCCCUACAACCCUAAGGAAAGAGACAGCCUGAAGUACUGGUGCCGCUGGGAAAAUACUCAAAGUGGCAGCUGCCCACUGUUGGUGCAGAGCAGCGCGGGAGUGGUUCCGGAACAGCAUGAGAACUACAAGGGAAGGCUCGCACUGUAUGAAGAGCCAGGCAAUGGAACCUACACCGUCAUACUCAACCAGCUCACUGCCCAGGACGCUGGCAUCUACUGGUGUCUGACCAGUGGCGAUGAUGGCUGGACAACUACAGUGGAGCUGCAGGUUGUGGACGGAGAACCAAACCUCAAAGUACCCAAGGAUGUCACUGCUUGGGAGGAAGAAUCUCUCAAGCUCCCCUGCAAUGUAUCAUGCCGAUUCUACUCCUCUGAAAAAUACUGGUGCAAGUGGACGGACAAAGGUUGCAGGACCCUGCCCAGCCAAGAUGAAGGCCCAAGCCAGGCCUUUGCGAACUGCGGCCAGAACAGCCAGCUCAUAAGCCUGAUCCUGAACCCAGUCACUAAGGAUGAUGAGGGCUGGUACUGGUGCGGGGUGAAGGAUGGCCCCCAAUACAAAGAGACCGUGGCGGUCCAUGUAACUGUCAAUAAGAGGGUUAAAGCGGGCGGCAGGAGAGAUGUCAACCAAGUAAUUGCUGCUCCUGAUAAGGAGGUGAGAGAGCCAAGUGUCAGGAAGAUUGAGAACAAAGUCAACCAGGAUCCCAGCCUCAUUCAGGAUCCCAGCCUUUUUGCAGAGGACAGAGCAGUGAAGGAUUCUGGAAGUCCAGAUGAUGGGGGCAAAGCAUCCCCCGAAACCAGCAGCUCUGCAGGACAAGGUGGCAGCUCUACUGUGCUGGUCUCCACUCUGGUGCCCCUGGCCUUGGUGCUGGCACUGGGGGCUGUGGCACUGGCAGUGGCCAGAGCCCGUCACAGGAGAAAUGUUGACCAAGUUUCAAUUAGAAGCUACAGGACCGACAUCAGCAUGUCCGAUUUAGAGAACUCCAGGGAUUUUGGAGGCAAUGACAACAUGGGAGCUUUUCCAGACAAUCAGGAAACUUCCCUCGGAAGAAAAGAUGAAACCAUCACCACCACUGAGAACACCAUGGAGACUGAAGAACCCAAGAAGGCAAAAAGGUCAUCCAAGGAGGAAGCUGACAUGGCCUAUGCUGCCUUCCUACACCAGUCCAACGACAUGGCUGCCAGAAUCCAUGACAGCCCCAGUGAAGCCUAG